AUGUCUUCACCAAUUUACUACAACCAAGACAGUGUUACUCGCUUCAAGAAAAGAAAAGCUCGUUUCUCUUUCAGUGAAGUCCACAUACUGCUGGAUGAAGUGAGGAAGCAUCGUAUGGUUGUUGUGGGCAAAUUUAACCGUGGUGUGCCAACAGACAUGAAGAAGCGCACAUGGGCAGAAAUUACUGCGCGUGUCAAUGAGAUUGGGGAGUGCCAACGUGAAGUCAUCGAGGUUAUCAAGAAAUGGUCCGAUCUGAAGUGUGACACCAAGCGGAAAGUGGCUGCUAUGCGAUCAGGGACAGUGCCCAACAGGGGCCUCAACUCACGUCUUUCCCGAGACCUUAAUCAGACAGAGAAAAUAGUGCUCCAGAUUCUGGAGAUGGAUGAGGAAGACCAGAGCACAGGUGACUUUGGACCACUGGGAGAUGACGAUGAUGUGCCAGAGGAGGAAGAAGAAAUGGAAGAGGAGGAUAUGAUGGGAAUGCAGAGUUCUCCUAAUGGAGGGUUGGACAUGAUGUCUAUGCCCCCACCAACUUCCUACACCGCGAGGGACUCAUCACAACCUGCCUUUGAUGUGCAGUAUGAAGUACCUGCAACAGAAGAUGCUGAAGCUGCGUUUGGAGACUCAGACGAUGACCAAAGGGAUGACGUGCUUCCUUCCACCCCGGCAGCAAAACCAACAGAGGAUCACCAAGGAAACAAUGGCAUCCAAAAACAAGGACAACCUCAGACGUCCUCCGGACCUUCAGCGUCAGUGACGUCGGCAUCCACACUUCCAACGCCAGGUCAACUCUCACAGAACACCAGAGACAGCAUGCUACAUAAUGCAUCGCUAAGCCUUCAAGAGCAGCACGCCACCAACAUCCUGUUGGAGACGGUUUCGCGCUCCCUGGAGCUUCUGUCUGAGUCGGUGCAGCAGCUGGCUGAGACUCAGCAGGAGUUUGUGCGCGAGUCGCUGCAGCUCCAGCGGGAGACGGUGCAGGUUCUCAGAGACUUCACAGGUGGAGCCAUCGCACUCAUGCAUGACAAACUGAAUGGGCGGCCAGCGUUAUAGCAACGAAGUGUCAGACAGAGAUGUUGUUAAGCUGUAUCACUGACUACAUACAUGGCCUUUAGGUGCAGGAACAUUUAAGUUCCUUUGGACUCCACCGCUGGUUACUGUACUUUUUGAUAGUACUCAACAGAUUUUCUGUGGUUAUAUUUUAAAACUGUAUUCAUAGAAACAUUGUAUUGAUGGAUUCGCUGUCUGUGAGGUUAGAUGAAAAUGGAUUGAGAAAACAACCAAUAAUGUUAGCCAUAAAGAAAAGAACAUGUGGAGGGUUGUUUUUUGUUUUUUUUUGCUACUGAAAGUGAGACUCCUACCACUCGCGUUAGAAUGCAUUUUUUUUAUUAAGCAUAAAACCACGUUUGAAGCCUUUACAUUCUUUUAAUGUUAACAUGCAAAAAGUCAGUCAGUCGAAUCCAUUUGUGUGUCCUUGUAUAAGGUGUAUUUGCAUCAGUGUCUGGAGGUUAUCACAUGUACUGUAAUGGUGAGUGGAUUUCCGCACCUGACCAUUAUAUGGUCUAUAUGUCUGAAAGCUAAGUUAGAUACUUUGAAAAUACCUGUAACUGAAUAAUUUGUGAUUGUCUGAUUUUCUGUUUUUUACAUUGCAAACAUGAACACUUGAAUAUGGAAGUUUGAAUAAUUUCUUUUAAAUAUGGAAUAAACCCCUCAUGUAUUUAAA